UGUACCGAUGCCUUUCAACAGAACAUACUGCAUAUUACAUUAAACAAUUAGUGGUGAAUACAAAUUGAUGUCAUCAACGGCAAAUCUGCUUUUCUUUUCUUCCGCAGCCCUGACGGCGACGCUCCCGGAGAGGCCGGUGCCAGUCUGACUUACUUACACAUUUUAAUCUAUUUAGAUGUAUUCCUGCAGGCUCAAACGGUACUUUGCACAUUAGAGUGAUUGGAGCGUGAUCAAAAAUGGGUAACACUUCCGACACUUUUAUACUUUACAUUUGCUCGGCUUCAAUGUCCUGACGCAAAUGUUAAACCUGAGUCGUGUGGCGCGCGGCGCUCUGGGUUUGGGAUGUUGCAACGCGGCUGUUUUGCUCAUUUGCGUCAUCAUCUAUAAGUUUUACUUCAGAAAUAUCUCCUUGAAAUAGUGCAAUGACGACUGACGUGAAUGUCGUCGUUGGCUGGAAGCGACACUGUCAAAGAUGGAGACUUUUGCACCACGCUCUCUAGUGAAUGCCCAUCAGAGCUUGCCUUCCCUCAUUGGACAGGGUCUGUUAUCAGGGGUGAUGACUGUUCCCACCAUCCCGACUUUCAAAUUCCGUCCCCGGCUGGAGAGGUUGGACUGGCGGCGCAUUAGGACUGUAGAUGUGGACCGGGUGGCCAGGGAGCUGGACAUCAGCACACUUCAGGAGCACAUGGCCGGUGUCACCUUCUGCAAUGUAGAAAAGGAGGUCUGCCCCCACUGCCAGAACCCCAUAGACCCUGUGCUGCUGAAGGUCAUCCAGCUGGUCCAGCUCAUGGUGGAAUACCUGCUCCACUGGCAGGACCACCUUGUCAUCAGCUUGCAGGCAGCUGAGAACAAGUUGAAGUCCUUGCUUCAGGACAGGGAACAGCUGCAGAAACAACUGGAGAAGCAAGCGGAUGACAUGCAAACCCUGAAGCAGGAGCUGAAGCAAAGGAAGAAAAUCAUUGCUUCACAGGAGUUCAUGAUCACCGCUGGCCUGGGGGGUUACCAUCAGUGUCAACACUGCGAUAAAGCAUUUUUGAACUCUUCUUUCCUGCAAAACCAUAUGCAACGUCAGCACCCAGAGCAGUAUGACAACAGGUUAACAUCAGAGACACAGAGUAAUGUCCAUUCCAUAAAGCUGGAGGAAGAAAUCAGCAAAUUGAAGGAACAGCUAACACUCACCAUGUCCCAACUGGAGGCACAGCAGCAGACAUACCUGGAGCAGGAUCAGAGAUGCAAGGAGAAGGAAUUGUUGAAGGCCCUUGAGCAAUGGAAGGACGAAGAAAAAGAAAGGCAAAAGGCACAAUUGGAAGAAAUGAGAGAGAUGAUGCUGAAGGAAUUCAAGGAGCUGUCCAGUAAAAAUGCACUUUUACAGAAAAAACUCUAUGAAAUGGAGGAGGACAGCCACAAAAUAUGGCUGGACAUGACAGCCCUGCAGGAGGAGAAAGUUCAGCUCUCUGUCAGCAUGGAGGAGAGACAUAGGCAGGACAUCCUGAAGCUCCAGCAGCAGCUCAAGAAAAAGGAUGAGAAGUGGGCGUUCCGAAUGCAGAAGGUCCAGGCCAUGUAUAAGCAAGAAAAGGAGCAGUUCCUGCAUCACCUGCACAGACUGCACUCCUCCGCCAAUACUGAAGAAGAGAGGAACCGAAAACUCGUGGAGAAGCUGGAGCGUGAGCUGCAGGAGCAGAAGAAACUGAUAUUGUCUCAGAAGGAGCAGAUUAAGAAGCUGACUUUGAAUCCACCUGAAUAUGCAGACAAGUCUACUUCACCCCAUGUGCUGGAUCCUGUAGAGGAUACUUCUGAGAAGGAUGGAGGAAAGAAAACGGAGAUAAAAAAAAAGAAAUGUGGUUUAAGGAGAAGCCCCAUCAUAAAGGACCUGGGGCCAUCAGUGUUGCAAGCUCUUCUUGAGGAGUUCAGACCCUUUUGCACAGAACUGUUUUCCAUCCCAGAAAAGAAAGCAAAGUUGAAAAAACAGGCACAAAAAAGCCCUGUGAUGAGGAGCCCCAGUGUGAAGGAGCUGCAUCCACUAUUGGAGCAGGUUCUUGAGGAGCUUGAACCUUAUUGCAUGGAACUUCUCCACAUUAUAGAAAAGCAAGCAGAGGUGAAAAAACAGACACCAAAAAAAACUUUAAGGAGAAGUGGCAUCGUAAAAGACCUGCAUCCAUUAUUUGAGCAGACUCUUUUGGAAGAGCUGGAACCCACAGUCAAACCUGAUAUAAGCAGACUUUCUACAGUCAAAGAGGGUACUGAACAGGAAAAGCAGGAAAAGCGUUUCUCCAGGUUUCAGCAGAUUCGAGAAAAACUCACUCAAAUACUGCGACUGAGACUGAAAGAGAAGACAGAUGACAAUUCAUCUCCCGAGCAACAUGCACAACCCAGACAGCUGUUUGGAGAAACCCCCAUGAGAAGCCGGUCAGGUAAUCUGACAACCAGCAUGGCACAGGUGGUAUCCAGACUGCUGGAGACUCGGCAACGGAGCCAUCAGCCCACACAGGAGAGCUACAUGAGCACUCCUCCCAAGACUUCCACCCCAAGUGUCUUCUCCCAUAGUGGCUUUUCCAAAAGCAGGACUCCUUUCUUUAGCUCAGAAAAGGAUUUUAAGGAGGAGUCUCCAGUACAGAGACCCAGAGCCUCAGUGACCAGUGUGAGAGGGCUUGACACACUGCCUGCUGACAGUGACUCGGAGUGGAUGGAUGGAAGUGAUGCGGAGACCAGCCACUUGCAGCUCCGUCGGCACUCCUCCCAAAAUGAAGACAAGCCUCAGGGUGGACUGAUCACAGACUUGAUGAGGAACCUUGAGAGAAUAUUUGCGGAACAAAGCUCAACAAAGCCAGAGGAAGGAGUGGAUGUUUUAUCCAACAAGAGCAACGUGCGGCAGAAACUCGAGGAUUCUGAGAGGGAUGAAACUGAUGACUUGGAUUCCUGCUCUUCAGAGGAAAACCGCCACCUACCUAAAACUGGUCUACUGUCAAAGAGAACCAGUGUCUGGGGUUCUUCAGCAGGAAAGACUCUGAAAAAUCAACAUGGGAGUCCUUCACUUUAGUUACUUUAUUAUUCUUUAUUUGACAAAAUUGUUGGAAAUGAAUGGACAACAUACGGAGGCAGUAGACAGCAUAGUGGUUGUCUUUUAACUGGAAUGUUACCAUUUCAAGUUAUCUGUUGUACUGCUGUGGUACCCUUGAGCAAGGUACUUAACCUUGAAUCGCUCCAGUAAAUCAUACAGCUGAGAAAAUGGGCCAUAUUUAAGUUGUUUUGGAUGAAAACUUGCUUGGACAAGCAUCCAGAUAUAGUUUCCUUGCUUUAGCUGGAUUCUAUUCUGUUUGUCAUUUGAUCAUGCAUGCUAUCUGACAUGGCAGUUUAAUUGUUUAUGCUCUCUUUUUAUUUCUCCAAAGGUACUAAUGAAGCAAAGACAUGCAGCACCAUGAAGGGUCCAAUGACACUCUGUGACUUCAGUGACUUUGACAGCAAAAUAUAAUAAACAAAAUUAUAAUGGCUAAGCAUACAAAAUAUUUAUAAAAGAAAUAAUAAAAAUAAUAAACGGCAUUCAGCUGUAACCAGAAUGGCUUAUUACUGAUUUGGUCACAGGCGCUUAUAUAGCAGGAUAAUUUUACAAUGCAGUUGUGGGUAUGGAUACUUCAGUGGAAGCUAGGAUUCAGACUUGGUCUCUCCAUUCCAAAACAAAGGCUGUAACCAUCAAGCCACCUGUCCUUCUUAUUGUUUAUUUUUAAUAUUAUAAUGGAGCAGUGGGUAGCCACUGCUGCUGUAUGUGAUAACUAUUAGAGAGCGCACACGCGCGCACCACACACACACAAUGUAUACAACCACUUGUCCCGAGCAGGAUCG